AGUGUUGUUGUUGUUGUUGUUAUUCAUAUAUCUGGAAUUACAUGGCAUGUCAUCAACUGUUACAUUGUCAAAUUCAAUCUCUGUGGAGGACUGUAUUUCACUUAGGGAGUAAGCUACGUAGUUCCCAUUUCCGAAGGUUGCAUCCCAUUUAUCCUCUAUCAACAUCUCUUGAUAAGGGUUACUGCAGGGUUUCACAACCCAUUUAUGCAAAAAAUAUUGAUACAGACCAAGUGUUACGCAGAGAUGGGCUUUUUGAUUCUCCUCAUACUGAAAUUAGGUCAACCAAUAUUGAUCCUUCCAAUGGCAAACUCAUGCUCAUCGACGGAACCUCAAUAAUAUACCGAGCUUAUUACAGAUUACUUGCUAAAUUGCACCACGGUCAUCUUUCACACGCUGAUGGCAAUGGAGAUUGGGUACUAACAAUAUUUACAGCAUUGUCACUUAUUAUUGACGUUCUGGAAUUUCUUCCUUCACAUAUAGCGGUUGUUUUUGAUCAUGACGGAUUUUCACUUGGCCAUACGUCUCUUUCAACCAAACAAAAUUUUGUUGCAAAAGGCCUGAAUUUUCGUCACAAUAUGUAUCCCUCUUACAAGAGCAAUCGUUCUCCAACACCUGAUACAAUUGUUCAAGGACUUCAAUUUUUGAAAGCUUCUCUCAAGGCCAUGUCUAUCAAGGUGAUUGAGGUGCCAGGUGUUGAAGCAGAUGAUGUAAUUGGAACCUUGGCUGUUAGAAGUGUUGAUGCUGGAUUCAAGGUACGAGUUGUUUCCCCGGAUAAAGAUUUUUUCCAGAUUCUAUCUCCAUCAUUACGCCUUCUACGAAUAGCUCCUCGUGGAUUUGAGAUGGUCUCAUUUGGAAUGGAGGAGUUUGCUGGAAAAUAUGGAGGACUGAAACCUUCUCAGUUUGUUGAUUUGACCUCACUUAUGGGUGAUAAAUCUGAUAACAUACCAGGAGUUCACGGGAUUGGAGAUGUACAUGCAAUUCAACUUAUUGCAAAAUUUGGUACACUAGAAAACUUGUUAGAAUGUAUUGAACAAGUUGAGGAGGAGCGAAUUAGGAAGGCAUUGCUAUCCAAUGCAGAGCUGGCUAGACUUAGCAAGGAUCUAGCAAUACUACGAUGUGAUCUUCCAUCCUACAUGGUUCCUUUUGUCCCUGAUGACUUGAUAUUUGAGAAACCAGAGGAUGGUGGGGAAAAAUUUACUAGCCUCUUAACAGCUAUUAGUGCUUAUGCGGAAGGAUUUUCCGCAGAUAACAUAAUUAGAAGAACUUUGUAUUUGUGGAAGAAACUUGAGAAGCAAACUGUAGAUACCAUUCACCAAAAAGUUGCAUCUGCCUGAUAAGAGACUCGAGUCUUGAAAACUAAUGGUGAUGUAAAGAGUUCCCAAUUCUGUCUAUAGCUUUUUUGGGUUGUACUUAUAUUAUAGUGAGAUAUUAAAGAGUAGUUUAGCAAUGUUAAUUGCUUUUUUUUCCUUGGAAAUCCCUGGAAACGCA